ACGCAUUCAGUUGUGAAAUAUUACUCGUACAGCCAGGUUCUCUAAAAAACUCGCCAAAAUGCUGAAGCUGGACACCAAAGGAGGCAUCAUCUGUACAGGCAUUUUGUCCAUAGCCUUUGCCAUUACCUAUUUGGUUCUUAUGGACGACUAUUUCUGGAGAAAUGGUCUGUACGAUCUUGGGAUACACAUUUCUUCUCUGCAAAUUUUGGGCAGCUUGUGCUUGCUUAUUGGAGCUUUUAAGCAAAAUUACAAAUGCUUUGUGCCCUGGAUGAUUACCACAGGAUUCUUCUUGUAUCUAAUGGUUUACUUGACCAUUGUUCUGCUGACCAUGAAUGGCCACUGGAUCUUUGUUCCAGUGAUGGCGUUGCCAUUUACAGUUUAUCUGAGUUGCGCUUUGUACUCGGUGCAAAAGGCAUUCGACAGGAUGCGCAAGGAGGAGCCGCCAGCAUAUACCAAUUUGAACGAUAAAAAGGAUUAUAUUAGUCAUAUUUAAGUAUAUUUGUAAUAUGUAUAAAGAUUCAUAUAAAAAACCAACAAGGGUGAGGGAGAAUUUGUUUGCUGAUUAGAUAAAAGCAAAAUAAAAGCUUCUUUAUCAUCGAGAAA